AGAGGAAAAGAUGAGGGGAGGUGGGGAGGGGUACGUAUAGGGGGCUGAGAGUAGAAGAGGUGGAGGGAGGGAGAAAAAUAAUCUUUCAAACCAAGCAAAGGAGUGGGAUGAGGGACCCGCUGAGGAAGGAGGAGAAGAAACAGCUGGACGUCAGGAAAAAGAGAAGUCUGAUUGGCUACACGCCUGCCUUGGCUGGCUCCCCUGCCCUCCCCAGGCGACAGUCUACCCAGACCCCUCCGUGGGUCAUGACUUCUCCAUCAGAGUCCCCACCUCUCUGGAAGCUGUGAGCCUCCGUUUGGAACCAAAAGAGUCUCCAGGGGACUUCCAUGAAGCUCCUGGCCUUACUCAGCCUGCUGGCCCUGAUGCUGGCCCAGGAAGCAAGGACAGCAUCUCUCCCAAAGACGGAGAGGGAGACGGAAGGAGACCAGCCACACGGAGAAGGCGAUUCUUAUGCAGUUCUGCAACUGGGGGACUAUGUCCUGAGCCUAGACGACUACGAUCAAGUCAUUGACCUGAGCAACUAUGAUGAACUCACAGACUACAGGGAGCAGCUCCCCAAGGUUAAAGGGACCAGCCUGGCUUCUCCAACCAGGACAAGUUUCACUCAGAGCACAAGGGCUCCAAGGACAUCCCCUUCAAACCCCACAAUGGCCAGGCCUACAACGCGGGGCCUGCUGGUUUCCCUGACCAGCCAUGGCCUGCCAACCUGUCUGAUCUGCGUGUGCCUUGGUUCCUCUGUGUACUGUGAUGAUGCUGACCUAGAGAACGUCCCUCCUCUUCCCCAGACAACCGCUUACCUGUACGCCCGCUUCAACCGCACCAGCCAUAUUCGGGCUGGAGACUUCAAAGGGCUGACAAAACUGAAGAGGAUUGACCUCUCUAGCAAUUUCAUCUCCUCCAUCGAUGACGAUGCCCUCCUCCUGCUGCCUGCUCUGCAGGAUCUGAUCCUCCCUGAGAACAAGCUGGCAGCGCUACCUGUGCUGCCCACUGGCAUUGAGGUCCUGGACAUCCGCCUGAACCAGCUCCAGAGCUCAGGGAUACAGCCUGAAGCCUUCAGGGCGCUGGAGAAGCUGCAGUUCCUCUACCUGGCCGAUAACCUGCUGGACUCCAUCCCCAGGUCCCUGCCCCUGAGCCUGCGCUCACUACACCUGCAGAAUAACAUGAUAGAGACCAUGCAGAGGGACACCUUCUGUGACGCUGAGAGGCCCAAGCACACGCGGAGGCAGCUGGAAGACAUCCGCCUGGACGGCAAUCCCAUCAACCUGAACCUCUUCCCCAGUGCCUACUUCUGCCUACCUCGGCUCCCCACAGGCCGCUUCACCUAGCUCACCCCUUCCACUGCUCCCAAGUAAGAGCCUUGGAGGACCACCAAGGGCACGGGCCUCCUGGGCCACAGGGCCCGAUCCCUGUCAGUGGUCUUUCAUGCAGGCACUAACCAUCCUCAAGAUGCAAUUGCAAAACUCCACACACACCCCUCCCCCAACACACACACGGAAAUGUCCUCCAGGAGCCAGAUUUGUAUUUCUCCAUCCUCUUUCCUGAACACCUUAUGGCUCCUGGCUCAGAGAAUAGCGACGUCUGCAGCAAAACUCCUUCCCAUAUCCCCCAUCCCUCCUACCCAUACAGA